UUAUAUUCUGAGGACUAGAUCCUAUUACGUCUGUUAUUCAGUUCAGCUCAUCAGCGUCCCCAAAUAUCCUCGCCGCUCACAAAAAUGUCUCUGGUGGCCAACGAAGAUUUUCAGCACAUUUUACGUGUAUUGAACACCAACGUCGAUGGAAAGCAGAAUAUUAUGUUUGCUAUGACCUCCAUCAAGGGUAUCGGAAGACGUUUUGCUAACAUUGUCUGCAAGAAGGCUGAUGUCGAUAUGAACAAGAGGGCUGGUGAAUUGACUGCGCAGGAGCUGGACAAUCUAAUGACCAUCGUUGCCAACCCCAGACAGUUUAAAAUUCCGGACUGGUUUUUGAACAGGCAGAAGGAUUACAAAGAUGAGAAGUAUUCUCAGGUUGUUUCUAAUGCUCUUGACAUGAAGUUGAGAGAUGAUUUGGAGCGCCCGAAGAAGAUCAGGAACUACCGUGGGCUUAGGCACUACUGGGGCCUUCGUGUACGUGGUCAGCACACCAAGACUACUGGUCGCAGAGGGAAGACUGUUGGUGUCUCUAAGAAGCGUUGAGUGCUUUAUACAUAUACUACUAAUGUUUUGAAGAGAUGUAUCUUCAGGCAGAGUUUAUUUACUUCCUUUUAAGCACUGUAUUGUUUUCAUUAGGACAAAAUUUUGGAUGUGAUUUUCUU